GUGAAGUCACUUUCAAAUAAUCGGAGCAUUGUCAUUCCCUUAGUAAAUGUAAAUGGAGUCAACAUUUUUUGUAGAAAACAAAUUUUCCGACAAUAAUGGAGGAAAUACGAAAGGAUUCAGGUUGGCGGUGAGGAAUCGAUUUUUAUUUUCAGUCUGAAGGCAACUUCACUGGUUCUAGAGUGGAGUUGUGUCCCUGGGUACAUCUGUGAGUUGAGAAAGUGCAGCUGAUAUAUGUCAAUUGACUGAAAUAAUGGAUAAUUGAUUUUUAAGAAGAGAAAAUUAAUUUUUUUCACGAGUUUUCAAGUUCAUGGGAUUGACCCGAGACUGCUGAGGUUGUAGUGAAGUUUAGGGGGUGAUUUUCUUGGAUGAUGAGCUCUGGGAAGUGGCAGUGAUGCGUUUGAAGGGGAAAAAUAAUACAAAAUCCUUCCAGAGUGUCUACAAAGUGCUAUCACGUAUAUGUCGGGCAGUAGACAAAGGGCAAUUAAAUGGUUUCAUGGCUGAUGGUGGAACCCAGCCACUGAAAAGUGGCCACAGCUCUCAAGCAAUGGGUUUCGCCUCUCAACCUGUCCGUCAGACCACAGAAGUCACCAGCACAGUUUACGCUGUUGGUCAGUACGCUCCAAAAGUCCUGAGGAAUUUAAAUGCCCAGAGAUUGAAAAAUCAGUUUAGCGAUGUUGGCCUUAUGGCUGGAGAUAAGAUAAUCAGAGCACACAGAUCUGUCCUGGCAGCUGGUAGUGCCUAUUUUAAUGCAAUGUUCACUGGGGGACUAGUGGAGGAGCAGCAAGAGCUCGUGGAAAUUCACUCCAUCUCCCCAAGUAUUCUAUCGAUUCUCGUGGAUUUUAUCUACACGGGAAAUGUUGAUAUUACUCAGGACAAUGUGCAGGAGCUUUUUGCUGCUGCUGAUAUGCUGGAACUUGAUGAGGCUGUUGCUGGGUGCAUUGAGUAUCUCGGGCAGCAACUGCAUUAUUCAAAUGCUUUGGGAAUUUAUAGAUUUGCUGAAGCUCAUAAUCGUUUGGAGUUGAUGGAGACUGCCCUACGUUUCAUUGAAGUUAAUUUUCCUCAAGUAUCGCAGGAGGAAGAAUUCCUUGAUCUGCCAAAGGAAUAUCUUCUUCAUUUUCUCAGGAGUGAAUAUAUACACAUUGACACUGAAUUUCAGGUCUUCCAAGCAGCCUAUAACUGGAUAACCCACGACGUCCCUACUCGUCGCUGCUACGUAUUCGAAAUUCUCAGUCACAUAAGAUUCCGAUUGUGUUCACUCAGUCGUUUAGAGUCCAUCAUCCUCGAUUGCAAAGACGCCAGUCUUAUCGUAGCCCUCAGAUCAAUUCAGAAGGAUUUAAUAUCAAACAAAGGAUGCUUGGUGCCCCUCAGGGCACAGCCACGUAUCUGUGCCAAGAAAACCAUUCUCGUCAUUGGUGGAUCCAAGAGGGAACAUACUGCUGAGAGUUGGGCACGAGAUGCUGAGUCUACUUAUGAAACUAUUGAAAAAUACGAUACUUUUACUGGACAAUGGAGUAAAGUAGCGCCCAUAACAAUCGGUCGAAUCCUCCCAGGUGUUGCCCUGCUGGAUGGAAAGGUGUAUGUCGUCGGUGGCGAAUUAGAAUCGUGUAUAAUAGCUAAUGGCGAGUGUUACGACCCCCGAGACAACGUUUGGACAUCGAUUGCUUGCAUGGUGGAGCCCAGAUGUGAAUUUGGCCUGUGCGCUCUGGAUAAUCGUCUGUAUGCAUUCGGUGGAUGGGUAGGAGAGGAUAUUGGAGGUUCCAUUGAAACGUACGACCCAAUAAAUGAUAGUUGGACGUUACAUGGAGAACUCCCCGAGCCUAGAUUCAGCAUGGGAGUCGUUGCUUAUGAAGGAUUGAUUUAUAUUGUUGGAGGAUGCACUCAUGAUAGUAGGCAUAGACAAGAUGUCAUGAGCUACAAUCCAGUGACUGGAGAGUGGAACCACCUUGCAUCGAUGUUAACCCCUCGCUCACAAAUGGGGAUUACCAUUUUAGAUGGUUAUAUUUACGUUGUGGGAGGAAUGAAUAAGAACCAAGAGGUUCUGACGUCCGUCGAACGAUAUUCCUUCGAAAAGAAUAAAUGGACAGCAGUCGCUCCAAUGAACAUGGGACGUUCCUAUCCCGCAGUGGCAGCUGCUGACGGCCGUCUGUACGUAAUCGGUGGUGAUCAAUCACGUGAAAUUAAUUUCUAUCGUACACAAAUUACAAUAUCAACUGUCGAGAGUUACGAUACAAGUACAAACACGUGGAGUGAGUGUGCAUCAUUACCAACGAGUCGUGGUGAGGCUGCUGCUAUCAUAGCGCCAUUUUGAUCUUUCAGAUGAAAAUUUUUAUCAUUUUUUGGUGAUUUAAAUCUAAAAUAUUGUUAAAAUUAAAUCAAAAAAUGACAAAAAUCAAUGGAAUUUAUUGAGUGUGUAGAUUAACUAAACACUUUAUGAUAAAUUGUGAUACUCGAGCAUAUUAUUUUCUUUUUUUCUUUUAUAAAUUUACUGUCUUGUUGUAUUUAUUAUAUUCUAUUCGAUGCUUGAAUUAGCGUUUCAUGAGUUUAAUCAGUUAUCAAGUGAUGAAAGACAGGAGAUUACUUGUAAAUAUUCAAGAAAAUGAUGGCUCUGGAGAAACAUCUCAGAAAACUUUUUUUGUGGAGCUCCAAUUUUUCAACAUAAAAGGAUUCUAAUGCUUUUGAAGAAUUUGUGUAAUUAUCGGAAUAGGUAGUAAAACCAGGAACGAAUUUGGGAAGACUUUUCUUAUUGGAAAUUUGACUUCACAGGCAAAGCUUUGGGACUUUUUUGGGUAAUACCCUACAAGAUGAAUACAAUUUUUCAAUUUAUCUCCUAUCAUUUCGCCAUUGCAAUAUAAUUAUUUGCGUACUACAUUGCCUCCGGAUUGAUACCUGGGAACUUAUCAGUAUUUGGGGCCUUUCUUAUCAGUAACAGGAUUUUUAAGAUGUAGGAACAAAAUUGCAAAUGUUGUUUUUAAAAAUUCACUUUUUCUUCUGAGAGGGAAAAGAUUGAAUUUUGCAUGUGUGAAUUGUUGCUGAUUAUUGGUCACCCAGACGAUGUGCUGGACAAUGUUGAUCACCAGAAUUGAACCUUGAAUUGCAAUGUUAUCAAGACGUCUUGAAAUAAUUGUGGGGAUGAUACUGAAAACUCCAAAUUUCCGGGAAUGAAGAAUUUUUUAUUGAAAUCGCCGAUGCCAUCAACUGAUUAUCAAUUUUCUUUGAUUAAAAUCGUCUCCACGAUAAUUCCAAGAACAUAAAAAUUGUGAUUGUCACGAUGAAACGCAGAUAAUGGACUCUAAAACUCGGAACACCACGAAAUAAAUUGUUUUGUAUCUUUUUACGAUAAUCUCCUUUUCCUGGUGUAUCACAGGGAAAUGAUUCAUCAAUUGUCACCAGGUGACUGCAAUAUUAUCCGUGAUUUGUGCAAAUGAGUAAACCGGUCAUUUUCAGUAAUUCAGAAACUGAUUUUCAAUGCUUCAUCAUUCGACGUUAUUUCCUGUGCCAUCAGUUCUGAGUAAUCCAAUGCGAAAUAAAUUGAUGGUUGUCUCUUGGAUACAAUGCUUAAUCGCUCAUAAUAAUUGUCUUUGACAUGAUGUCUCUAUGAAGCUCCGAGGUUAUUUAGCUAAACCAAAAUUAAAAAAUUGUGUGUGUGUUAAGGUCUAGUCCAUUAUCUGCCUAGUUAAAUAAAUUCAAAAAAUUCAAAAUCGUUGACGCUUUUUAUUAUUUUAGGGCAAGCUGUUAACAAUAAUAUUGAAAGAAUUUUUCAUUGUGCUGAUGGGUUUCCAAUGAUCAAUAUAAUCUUUAAUCAUAUCUUGAUGAGCUUAAAAGUUUGUUUUUAUUGAAAGAUCGAAGUUUGAGCAUGAAUGUCUGAUAAAGAUGGUAGUGGAGUGGUGAAAUUAUCUAGAUCCAUAAUUAUCUCCGUCAUUUUCAUAAUUGCAAUCACCAAAAAUUAGCCAGUAAGCAUUGAUUUACGGAAUGCCUUUCAUUAAUCUUGUAAAUUUUCAAUGAGACAUAUUUGUUUUUUUUUAAACCCACCAGCUCGCGACAUAUUGUUAAAAAUACUUGCUAUUGCCAAUUAGUUUCGGUAAUUAUUCACUCUGGGAUCAAUUUCGAGAGGCCUUUACUGCAAACAAGACAAUUUUCGACAAAAAAAGCCCUGCGACUUGACCACAAUUCUAAAUUCACGUUUCACUGAAGAAAUUUCAUCCCUCCACUAUGGAAUAAUUUGUGAAAGGGCGGAAAAGUCUUAAAUUAAUCAAUUGAAAUAAUUUUUAUCUUCUUUAACGAGAAUUCACGGAAUUGCACUGAAACAAAACAUAAUUGAAAUGAAAAAAAAGUAAUAUAAAAACGAAAACGCCAUUUUUAUACAAUUUUAAGUGUGAACAAAAGUAAUAAUGGAAUAUGACACCAGAUAAUGAAUGCUUUUUAUUUGCGGUUAGAUUGAUUCACACGAACGGAAAAUCAUUGUAAAAAUGUUGAAAAAAAGAAAACUAGAUAUACAGGAAUAUGGACGUUUUACACUAAUUAAUAAUAUUAAUGAAAAUCCAUAACUGAAAAUAAUUAAAAGUCACUGAACUCUGUCGUAAAAUAAAAUAAUAAAAUAAAUAAAUUGGAGAUUUGAAGCAA